AUGCUCGUUUUCUCAUUUUUUACUUCUUUCCUUCGACGUUCUCUUACUGUCUCUUUGCUUUACGCUUUCUUGAUUCUUCACUGUUUUUCUUUCCGUACACUUUGUCACACCAUUAUUCUUUCUACUUUUUUUUUACUUUGUUUUCUUCUAAAUUUAAUUUUCUUCUUCUCUCUCGCUUCCUUUAAUUUGAACGAUUUCUUGCAUUAUUCGUUUUCAUCUACGUUUUUUUUUAUUCAUGUUUUUCUUUUCUCUCUUCUUUAUUUACUUUUUUUCUUUUUUAUACCUUCUGUUUCAUCUUUCUUGCGUUUUAUUUUCUUUCAUCUUUUCUCGUAUGUUUUUCUUUCUUUCUUCUCUUCUAUUUAUUCUUUCUUUUUUGAUUUUUUCUUACAUUCUUUCUCUCAAUUUGUUCAUCUUCUUUCUUCGUUUUUAUUCAUUAUUUCUCGUGUAUUUCUUCUUUCUUCUCUUCAUUAUGUUUCUUCAUUCUUUCUAUUUCUUCUUUCCAUCAUUGUUGCGUCCACAUUUUCUGUCUUCAUUCUUUUUCUUUCCUUUUCUCUCAUAUUUUACUUCUUCUUCUUUUUAUUCUUCUUUUCUUUCUUUUUUCCUUACAAUUUUUUAUUCUUCUUUUCUUUUCUCUUUCAAUUUUUUCUUCUACUUUUCUUUCUUUUUCUCUUUCAAUUUUUUAUUCUUUCUUUCUUUUUCUCUUUCAAUUAUUUAUUCUUUCUUUUUCUCUUUCAAUUUUUUAUUCUUUUUUCUCUCAAGUUUUUAUUCUUCUUUUCUUUCUUUUUUCCUUACAAUUUUUUAUUCUCCUUUUCUUUCUUUUUCUCUUUCAAUUUUUUAUUCUUUCUUUCUUUUUCUCUUUCAAUUUUUUAUUCUUUCUUUUUCUCUUUCAAUUUUUUAUUCUUUCUUUCUUUUUCUCUUUCAAUUUUUUAUUCUUUCUUUUUUUUUCAAUUUUUUAUUCUUUCUUUUUUUUUCUUUCAAUUUUUUAUUCUUUUUUCUUUUCUUUUCAAUUAUUUAUUCUUUCUUUUUUCUUUCAAUUUUUAUUCUUUUUCUUCUUUUUUUUAUUCUUUUCUUUCUUUUUCUCUUACAAUUUUUUAUUCUUCCUUUUUUUUUUUCUUUCAAUUUUUAUUCUUUUCUUUUUUUUCUUUUUUAAUUUUUAUUCUUUUCUUUCUUUUUUUUUCUUUUUUUUAUUCAAGUUUUUUUCUUUUUUCUUUCAAUUUUUUAUUCUUUCUUUUUUAUUCUUUCUUUUUUUUUUUUUUUCUUUCAUUUUUUUUUAUUCUUUUUUCUUUCAAUUUUUUUUCUUUUUUUUUUUUUAAUAUUUUCCUUUUCUUUCUUUUUCUCUUUCAAUUUUUUAUUCUUUCUUUCUUUUUCUCUUUCAAUUUUUUAUUCUUUCUUUCUUUUUCUCUUUCAAUUUUUUAUUCUUUCUUUCUUUUUCUCUUUCAAUUAUUUAUUCUUUCUUUUUCUCUUUCAAUUUUUUAUUCUUUUUUCUCUCAAGUUUUUAUUCUUCUUUUCUUUCUUUUUUCCUUACAAUUUUUUAUUCUCCUUUUCUUUUUCUUUCAAUUUUUUAUUCUUUUCUUUUUUUUCUUUUAA